AACCUAUAUCUGGAAAUGACCAAAUCAAUGGGGUCUUCACAACAUCCGGUUAGAGAUGGAAAUAUCAGGAUUUUUACGUCUUCCCCAACCAGAUAAUGAGGGCAGUGUCGAGAUUUGGCGUCUUCCACACGGUAAUUGGAGAGAACAAUAUUAAUAUCUCGUUUUCUUCCUCUUCAAAGUUAGAAGCCCGCAUCCUACACCCUCUUCUUCCCCUGAUUCCACCGACCAUUCUGGAGUCUCUUGGUUCGAUCUUUGUCUCAAUCAGCUGGCUCCUUUCCUCGCAUUCGGUCAAGCGAUGUCCAUGCUUCCUCGCAUACCACAAGACUCGGAUCGGGCUGACUGGACAACUGCUCGUAGCCAAUUUCUGGUUGAACAAUUAAUUGAACAGUUAAUUUAUGGCAACAAAAAUGAUUCUGGAUUCACUAAGGAAGCAUGGAAAAUGGUCUGUGCCUCUUUUAACAGAAAGUUCAAUUUGAAUUAUACGACUACACAACUGAAAAGUCAUUUUAAGAUAUUGAGAAAACAAUAUGAACUGGUGAAACUACUUAGGAGUCAGAGUGGAUUUGGUUGGGAUGAUGUAUACAAGGUGGUGACUGCGGAGGAGGAUGUAUGGGAUCGAUAUAUUGCUAUCAAUUCUGAUGCCAAAAACUAUAAGAACAAAUGCUUUCCCCUCUUUGAUCAAUGUGCAACACUCUUUGAUGGUAAAAAAAUUGAAGGACGUGAAACACUAUCCAUCAUUCGGAAUGCAGAAGCUGGAACAAGAUCGAGCAAUAUGAGUGAAAACAAUGAAGAUGAUGAAGCAAGUUAUGGAUAUGCCAUAACACCAAGACAUCAAAAACGUAGAUUUUCAGCUUCGUCAAGCCGGCGGGAGAAAAGAGUGAAAUCAGAUCCUGAAUUAAUGAUGCCUUUAGCUGUAGAAAAUGUUGUGCCAUUUGACUACUCCUCUGACAGUCGAGCAGUGCAGAAGUCCACUAGAGCAUCUGAGCCAUCUGUACAGGAGUGCUUAGAAGAGCUUCAGCGUUUACCUGGGCUUGAUCGGAAGGAUAAGGUGAAGGCAACUAGACUUUUUAGAGACCCAUUUAAUCGUGUUGCAUUCAUGACUUACGAGGAAGAUCUUCGUCGUGAAUGGUUGCUCAAUGAACUUGAGAACAUGUAAAUGUCAUACCCAAAUGGCAUAUGUUUGGACUUCAAAUGCUUUGUUACUGUGCUUAGCUUGCAAUCAUGUAUCUAGCAGAUUACUGUAUGCUUAUGUAUUGCAUUUGAGCAAUAAUAAAGCGCCCAGUUAUUGCA